AUGGCGCGGAUUAGGGCUGUAGUUCCAGGUAUGGAUGGAGACUAUCUGUUGUGGCUUGGGGACACAAACGGGCAAUUUUCUGUCAAGUGUUUUUGUAUGCAGGUUGAACUCCAGCUUUAUAGGGUACCAACGUGGGUGGUGCUGACGUAUGUGCGUAAGAUCGUACCGCCGAAGGUUGUCCUCUUCUUAUCGCAAGCAGCAGAUAAUAAGAUUGCGGUGCUUGUGAAUUUACAAAGGCGUGGCGUAGCGGUGGAUGCCGAAGCGGCAUGUGCUCUUUGCGGCCAGGCCACUGAAUCAGUUGCUCAUCUUUUACUGCAUUGUGAUUUUAUGUGGGGACUAUGGUGUCGCGUGAUACACAGGGAGGGAGUGGCAUGGUGUGUUCCAGCGACGGUGUUGGGACUGUUGCAGGAGUGGGAGGCUUUGCGGAGAGGGACGGAUGUGAGUUUAUGGAAGGUAGUGCCGUAUGCGCUCAGCUGGUCGGUUUGGUUAGCAAGGAAUGGCCUGAUCUUCAACGGGGAGGAGGCCUCUAUGGAAGCUGUUUGGGACAUUCAUUUAACUCGAAUUUUUUGGUGGAUCAAAGCUUUCAACCAGGACUGUCCCUAUACGUUAUAUGAUUUCAUGGUGCAGUUUAGGGAGGUGAGGUUGGGUCAGCAGCGGAGGCAAACGAGGGUGGCUGAAUGGACUAGUCCACCGCAUGGGUCGUAA